CCUAGUCAUAUGCUAUCAAUGUCUGAGAUUGGAAUACCCUUUUAAAAUGUAUUAUUGUUUUUUAACAAAAUGGAAACAGGAAAUGAUGUCAUCCAAAAAGGACCACCCCACCACCACAGGGAGUCCUCCUUGAUAUUCACAUCAAGUAAAAUUCACCAUCAUUCUCGACACCUUCUCUCCAUUUUUCACAUCUUUUUUUUUAUAUAUAUUUUUUUCUUCUCUAGAGCUCUUCUCCCCUCCAGUACUGAAAGUAUCUCCAGAGUUGGUCAACCAGGGGGAGAACAUGAUUCUAACUUGUGACACAAAUCUUAGUGAACAUAGGCAGACUACAGAACUGCAGUACGCCUUCUACAGAGACGUAGAAAACAUUCAGGGGUUCAACUCUUCUAAUAUAUAUGAGGCUAAAUUCAUAAAGGAGGAAAAUUCUGGGACAUAUACAUGUGAGAUACAAGCAUCAAACGGCAGUGUAAAGAAGAGGAGUAAGGAAGUUCAGAUAGAAGUGUCAUAUGACUUUAUGAUCAAACUAUCUGUAAGUUUGGGGCUGUUUCUACUCAUCGUCAUCAUCUCUAUCUUUGUGUAUGUAUACAAUAAACGCCGAUCAUCCAACAAUAACCCUCAGCCACCAACAGCUGAUGACAGUAAAUACACCGCCGUAUCUCGAGUUACUUCUACGAAACUUGACAAGACUAAUAGUCCACAAAGUUCUGUUUCAAAAGACAACGAAUCUGAUGUAGUCUAUGUUGUAGAAAACUCCAAGGCUAAACAACAAGUCAAGUUCUCUCAAGAAAUGCCUGACACUUCAGAUGACAUCUAUCAGAAGAUCAUCUGAAAUGUUCUGCUAAGACAUCUGCAAGCUCUUAAUAUGGCACACGACAAGGACAGCUUUUCCCUUAUAUAAAUCGCUAAUUACAUGAAAGAUGUCUUGGUUCGAUCUAAUUAUUGGGUAUAACAAGACCAGUGCUCAAUACAGAGAUUUUCCUUAAAGAAUUUCAUUUCAUUUAACCCUUUCGACCCCGGAGGAUUUUUUGACUUUGUUUUUUGCUCCCCGCAUUCUUAGAGCCAUAACUUUUUUAUUUUUCCAUUUACAUAGUCGUUCGAGGGCUUAUCUUUUGCAGAACAAGUUGUACUUUCCAAAGCCACUAUUUAAUAUUGCAUAGAAUGUAGUGGGAAAAAAUUCCAAAGGUGGUGGAAUUGGAAAACAAAUGCAAUUUUGCCACAGUCUAUGGCACUCAUUAUUCAGUAAAACUGACUUGUGAUCUUCAUUCUCU